AGAAAGGUAACGAAUAUAUAUACACAAUUGUAGAUAUCUAUUGAUAAUAGUUGGUUUGGUUUGUUUAUGUGUUACAUCCUAUCAACAGCUAUGGUAAUUUAAUGACGUGCCAGGUUUUAAUGAUAAUAUUAUGCAAUGUGAUGUAACGGAAGAUUACCUUUGAAUGCCCGACGAUAUCUAAAGCGAUGGAUAUGUAAAUAUCGGUAAAGGAUAUUACUUUAACUUUGAUUUAACGUCAUUGUAUAGAUAGCUAGUCGUACAAACGUUAGGCAGACACAUGCUAUGGAAUAAUUUAUGUCGAAAAAAACGGGCAACACCAUUAAAUGCGUGUUGGAAUGUAUAAUCCAGUGUAAUUUCACAUGUACAAUGCAGUUUAUAUUUUCUAAUGCUACCUCAGCUAAACUACACAAUGCUCUGCUUUCAACGGUACAUUGCAAAUAGAAACGAAUAAUCACCAAUAGUCAUGACUCUGAAUAACAAAUAAUAUAAAAUAAUAAAUAUAAAUAGGCAUCAUGUUGGUUAAAACAGUUACAUUAGAUGUAUGAGUAGUUCUCAAUUGAAGACGUGGCCUACGGACAUCCGUCCAACAAUUGUAGCACUAGGCUAAAUAUAGUGAACCUCUAUUUUGACACUUAAAGGAUAGUCAUCCCAGGUGUAUAGUAACAGAAGUCAACGUACGUAUAUAAAAAUAUGAAAUAGUGGAUAUGCUAAGUUGCUAAGGAAUAAGACAGAGACCAUGCGUAGAGAUGGGUGUAUGUGCCACAGCUGGCGAAACGCCUAUCCAACUCGAGGGUACUGAGCGGCCAUGUGACGUACCUACUCGCAGGAUCAGGACGUUGUUUCAGUCAGAGGGCAGGAAAGGCCAAUAACAAAACAAGAGUGUACCCCCUCACACCGUAAACUGGGUUGAAGUAGACGUAAAACCCUUGAAUCAACCUGUCAAUGAUAAGAGAGACCUUGGACAGCCACAUGACACCUGGAUGUCUCGACACGGUCAAUAUCCCAGUUAUGUCAAAAGAAGAAGAAAAUGAAGAAUCUGCUACAUUUUGCAAGGAAAAGCUUCAAAGUGACUCUUUCAACUCAGAGACUGGUGUCAAAGAGGAGGAGAUUGAAUGUAUACUUAAAGGCCCUCCUGAUAAGAGUAUGUCCUUCACAACGAGAAUCCAAUCAGAUUCCAUCUACAAGGAGAAAGCUAUCCUCAGUCUGUGUUUAUGCUGGGCCUUCGUCACAUUGGGAUGGGCGUCUGGUCAGUUUGGCCCAGCCUUCCUUGACCUUCAAAUCAUCACCAGGACAAAUGUAAAGAAAGCAUCUGGCUUCUUGACCAGCAGAGCCGUGGGGUACCUGGCGGGUGGUAUCCUCACUGGGUUGCUGUUUGACCGAAUCAGCAAACUUCUCAUCGUGGCACUAUUUCAGUUUGCCGGUGUAGUGAUAUCAGCCGUUCUACCCUGGUGUUUCUGGUUCGAGAUGAUGAUAGCGGUGCAGUUCUGGGCUGGUUGUUACUGCGGGGGAAUCGGUGCCAGCGGAAAUGCUCUCCUGAUGUAUAUUUGGGGGCGGGAAGGUCGGUCAUAUGUACAGGCCUUACACUUCGCCUUCGCUAUUGGUGGUAUCACGUCUCCAUUGGUGACGUCUCCUUUUCUACAGGAGACACAUGAGGAUACCAACGACAUAGGAAUCACUGUUACAGGAAAUGUCUCUUCGGACAUAUAUAGUGACUGCAGUUCCAACAUGUCUCAACGCACACACAAUACUUGCAUCAAUUCCAAUACUUUUUCUAAUGAAACAACUGCGUCCGGGUAUGACAUCGGCGACUCUAGACUAUAUGUGGCAUAUUGUGUAACAGCAGCAAUGCACAUAUCUUGUGUCGUACCUCUGUUUAUCCUAUAUGUAAGAGCGAAACGUCAAAAGAACACCUCAACACAGAAAAUAACACAGGACAUUCAACGAAUUUCUAGGGAGAUCACGUUUGGUUUUAAAAUUCUUGUCCUGCUUAGCCUGAGCUUUUUCGUGGCAAUUUACUGUGCCAUGGAGGAUACAUUCACGGCCUAUCUGACAGCGUUCUGCGUUACACAACUUACCUGGUCAAAGGUGCAAGGCUCCUACGUCACGUCGCUGUAUUGGGCAGUCUUCGGGUUUGCUCGCUUCUUGGGAAUUUGGGUUAUACAAUUCAUCAGCCCGACAACAAUCAUUUGCGGUUUAACCAUAUUCUUGUGUGUUGGUUUAGGGGCGCUGUCAGUUUCAGCAAGCUUAAUGGUAAACGAAGGUAUAUGGGUAUGCACAGUUUGCACAGGUGCAUCCAUGUCUCUAAUCUACCCAUGUGUGAUUAUAUGGACAGAGGAGAAACUACUUCCUGUUUCCGGCAAAAUCGUAGCUCUCUUUAUGAUAGCAGCGUCAAGCGGAACUAUGACCAACCCCAUCAUAUUAGGGUAUCUGAUGGAGACAUUCACACCAAUGUGGUUUACAUACCUCCUGUUUGGGGAGAGCGUGGUGUUGAUGAUUCUGUUUCUCGUCCUGUUACUAAUAGCACGGGUAUCAGAAACUAAAUUUGGUACCGGUAAUUCGCAUGAUUCUGUUACAGUAAAUAUAGGCCUAACAUCAAAAGAGCAUGUUUAAUGAGGAAUUAAAAAAAAACAAAAAAACUUUAUAUAUUUUACAACAAUUAUGAAACAAAUUGUGUUAACUUAUAUUAAUCACUCUGGUUGGCCCGGAUGCUAGAGCGCGGGAGCUCUUAGUUUGGUAGGAAACCAGAGUACCCGGAGAAAACCCACGUGGUCGGGCAGGUGACCCCAUACCUUUUCACGUCCGAUCGGGGAAUCGAGCCCCGGCCGCCUUGGUGAAAGACAAGUGCGCUAUCCACUACACCACCCGACCACCCUCAAUCCAGUACAUGAUAAACCACUUAGGGAUCCCUAUCCCGCCGCAGGCAAGACACCAGAGAAUUCCCCUGCAAGGAUUCAUACAUUCAUCUACAUUUGAUAUAAUAAAACUGUAAUGAAACUGAACCAGGAAGCUGCUGUUGACAAUGAAGCUCAGUUGUGUAGAGCGAGAGUAAAAGGAUAAGAGGUCCAGCAGUUUGUUUUUUAUUUUAUUAUUUUUACAUCAACGUUCCACAAGGUAUAUAUUUAUUUUGGUAAAGAUUGGUAUUGUCAAAUCGGUAAAAUGUUUCCAGAUUAUUGUCAUAGUUUUUGGCUUGGGUCCUUAAUACAGAUAACAAUUUAAACUUCCGAAAAGAAAACCAUUGCACACAGCUUAUUUAAUUUCUAAUCUCCUAUUUAAUGGGCUGUUAAAUUCAUAAAGUAGUGCGGUGUUUAUAAUAAAUAUGUAUAAAUAUUG